CACUCCCCCUACCGAUCUGCAGGGGGAUCAUGGUGGCUGUUACAUAUAUCAGAGGGCUCUGAGAUCGCAGUGACAGCCUGUCACUGCGAUCUCACACAGUGCAGAUCGCGGUCACUGACCCCAGGGGGACUGCCUGGGGGGCCAGGUAUGUCCCCCGACCGCGAUCUGCACAGGG